ACCUUCUUGCGAGGCGGCGGCGGCGGCAGCCAGGGAGGCCGGGGCUGCGCGCGGGCCGGGGGCGGGGGCUGGGGCCGGGCCCGGGGCGGCAGCGCGGGCGCCUCCGCUCUCCUCCUGCUCCUGCUUCAGCCUGUGUUCCCACUGCGGCGGUGGCCCCCCUUGGCGCGGCUCUCCGCGCCGCGCGCCCGCCGAGCCCGCGGCUCCCUGGCCCAUGUACUGGAAGCACGAGAAUGCCGCCCCGGCGCUGCCCGAGGGCUGCCGGCUGCCGGCCGAGGGCGGCCCCACCGCGGACCAGGUAAUGGCCCAGCCAGGGUCCGGCUGCAAAGCGACCACCCGCUGCCUUGAAGGGACCGCGCCGCCCGCCAUGGCUCAGUCGGACGCCGAGACCCUGGCAGGCUCUCUGGACAAGGACGAGGGUCGCGCCUCCCCUUGUACGCCCAGCACGCCAUCUGUCUGCUCACCGCCCUCUGCCGCCUCCUCCGUGCCGUCCGCCGGCAAGAACAUCUGCUCCAGCUGCGGCCUCGAGAUCUUGGAUCGGUAUUUGCUCAAGGUCAACAACCUCAUCUGGCACGUGCGGUGCCUCGAAUGUUCCGUGUGUCGCACGUCGCUGAGGCAGCAGAACAGCUGCUACAUCAAGAAUAAGGAAAUCUUCUGCAAGAUGGACUACUUCAGCCGAUUUGGGACCAAGUGCGCACGGUGUGGCCGACAGAUCUAUGCCAGCGACUGGGUACGGCGGGCGCGUGGCAAUGCCUACCAUCUGGCCUGCUUUGCCUGCUUCUCCUGCAAGCGCCAGCUGUCCACGGGCGAGGAGUUUGGCUUGGUCGAGGAGAAGGUGCUGUGCCGCAUCCACUACGACACCAUGAUCGAGAACCUCAAGAGGGCCGCGGAGAACGGGAACGGCCUCACGCUGGAGGGGGCAGUGCCCUCGGAGCAGGACAGUCAGCCUAAGCCGGCCAAGCGAGCGCGGACAUCGUUCACCGCGGAGCAGUUGCAGGUUAUGCAGGCGCAGUUCGCGCAGGACAACAACCCCGACGCGCAGACCCUGCAGAAGCUUGCGGACAUGACCGGCCUCAGUCGUAGGGUCAUCCAGGUGUGGUUUCAAAACUGCCGGGCGCGUCAUAAAAAGCACACACCGCAGCAUCCUGUGCCGCCCUCCGGGGCGCCUCAGUCCCGCCUCCCUUCCGCCCUAUCCGAAGACAUCCACUACUCCCCGUUCAGCAGCCCCGAACGGGCGCGCAUGGUCACUCUGCACGGCUACAUUGAGAGUCAGGUACAGUGCGGGCAGGUGCACUGCCGGCUGCCUUACACCGCACCCCCCGUCCACCUCAAAGCCGACAUGGAUGGGUCGCUCUCCAACCGGGGUGAGAAGGGGCCCCAUGUCAGUUGCCAGGAGCACAGAGAUGAGGAGAGCAUGGUCCCUGACCUUGAGGAGGCCACCGUCUGGAGGGGAGCCACCUCCCAACAGUUACAACACAGUCAUCCUUUUCCAGUACUGACGCUGCCGGCACUUCCGUAUCUGUCCAUGGGCACCCCACAGCUGCCCCUCAGCCGCUGAGAUCCAGUGUCCAAGCCACUGCCAGGGAUCCACCCACCCCUCAAACGCCAUCCUGCCCGCCACCAGCUGGGCCCCUGGGCCUGGCCAUCCCCUCUCCUGCUGAGAACCAGAACCCGCCAGGAGCACCUUGGAGUCCUCCUCUUGGAAAGCAGAGCUCCCUGAAAUUUGGAAUCAGGGUGAAAACAACAGUCAGUUUUUUCCAUUUAGACAGGACUCGUCUUCAGCUUAGGCUGAUUACAAUAGCAAAAGGCCGAAUUGAAUUGUGCAACGCCAACAGCCUUUUAAUUUACAGGUUUUCUUUCCUCUCAUGUUGGCCUUUAUUCACUACUUCCUUGGAACCAUCUCCGAAUUCUGAAUAGCCGACAACCCCCAAUGUUAUCCACUCUGUUGCUUUUGUCUGGAAAACUCUACAGUGUCUGUGGGAUGUCCCCAAAGGGAAGCUAUGUUCUAAUUUUAUCAUUUCCAUCUGUCUGGUUAUGUCAAGUUAAUUCAGAAAGAGAAGAGACACUGACCAACCCUGAGAGGCCCAGUAGGGCAGAGAUGGAGGCCUGCCUAGACCAGCAGGCAGGGAGCUGGGGAGAGGAAUUGGGGGCAAAAGACUCCCAUUGGUUUAGAGUUCAAGGAGAAGGAUAUGGCACAUUGCGCUGUGAGAGGAAAGAAAAAACUCGGGGUGUGUGUGUGAGACCCUCCUCCCACCUCCUUAUCCAGCAUAUAUACAGGCGACAUAGCAGAGAUGGUGUUUGAUCUGUGUGAUGACAUUUCCGAAUGUUUGGGCAGGUUACAAUUGGGGGCCCUUGUCGGUCACUUGUUGACUCCUGGUAGGGGUGCUUGGGCCAUGUCUUUUUUGGGAGGACCUCUCAUAGAAGGCUGGGGAACAGAGCCCAGGGAAAUGGCAGUCAGCAUGUUAAUUCUGAGUAGAGAGAGGGUGCCCCCUGCCUAGGUGAGCAGGCCAAGCCCAGGAUUCCACGUGGUGCCUCUGGGCUCUCCCACCCACUUGUGAGAGCGGAGGCUAGACACAGCUGUGCUGACAUCCACCCUGUCCUGCUGCAUCUCUUCCACCCCAAACAAAAGGGCUUGGGCUACACAAGUCCAUGAUUUAUGUUUUCAGGGGAUGCCAAUAUGUCCCGAGUUUAUCCCGUAGUUUUAUAAGUACUUGGUGUCCUGAUCCAUUUCCCACUAGAGGCUGCUAGUAGGCGUGUCUUAGCCCAAGUCUUCCUUCCUGCUCUGGUUAACCUGAUAUGUUGCUUUUGGAAGGAGGCUCUAGGACAGGGAAAGCAAGUCCAUGGCACAUGCAUAUCGGCUGUCCCUGUUUUUACCCGCGGCAGACAUUGCUAGUCAAUGACAGCACUCUCCAUUUUACUGAGUCUGGAGAAGGUUGCAGAAUCCACAUGCUUGAAGUUGGCACUUAAAAUGAAAGCCUAUAUGCCAUUCUUGCUUUGGGACCUGGAGAAAGGUGAGACAUGCAUGUAGCCCAAGAAGAAAACCUUCCCGCUUUCUCUUCUGAAGAUGGUUCCUGCUGACUCAGGGCAGAAAGAAGGCACCACUGAAGAUCUGGUCAGUACAGCACAGUUCAGAACUCAUCCAGUGAAUAAUGCAUACCCGGCCCUGUGCAAGGGGCUGAUGUUGACAGGAGUGGCUUGGGCUUGAUCCCUGGCCUUGGGGAACUCUAAUCUUUCCUUUGAUUUUUGCUCCUGAGGUCCCAAGUGCAACCAUGUAGUCGGUGGUCAGUUGAGCCCUGCCCAGGGUCAUCCAGUACCUAUUUGGCCUUGAGCCUCCCGCCAGGGUCUGUUCCUUGCGUGGAUCAUGUGGUCAUAGCAUGUUGCAGUUCAGACAUGUCUCCGCUAACCUGUUAGAGCAGCCUGGGAAUGUACAGGCCAUCAAGACUAUUUAUUUAAAUACAAAACAAAAGGGGAAAACACACACAUGGAAAAAAAAUUGUAAGCACUUUUUUGUAAAACCAAUGUCUGUUUUGUUACAUACCUUUCAUGUUGUGCUUUGUAAAUGUCUUAUUUGUGUAAUAAAUAAAGUUAAUGCAAGUAGAAGUGCUGGCACUUACAUCCAGAA